AUGGAUGAAUAUAAAAAUUACUUUCUGAUCAUUUUAUCAAGCUUAAUUUUCAUACUUUAUGCUGUAAAUGAGUUAAAUGAAGGUAAGAACGAAAAUAAGAUGUCAGCGCAACCAGAUUAUGAAUUCCAGAAUCCUAAUAGCCCCUGGAAACCAACGUCAGCACUCAAUGUAGAUUCUUUGUUCAGCUUAUCUAGUGACUUGAAAGCAAUAUACAAGCAAGGAAAUUUAUCCGACGUAGUUCUUGUCAGCGAAAAUUUGGAAAUACCUGCUCACAAGUUAAUCCUUUUUGCAAGGUCACCAGAAUUUGCUCGGAUGUUCACCGAAAGUACCGAAAAUAGAAUAAUCAUGAGCGAUGUCAAUCAAAGUGUCGCGGAGCAACUCGUAUUAUUUAUAUACACCGGUCAAAUAAAUGAGCUGAGUUAUUUCACAGCCCGUGACCUGUAUGCUGCAGCAGAUAAAUACGCCAUCUUGGAACUUAAAGCCUUUUGUCGGCAAGCUAUUAUUUCUCUUCUGUCAAUUUCAACUGCUAUAGAAGCCUUGAUUUUAGCCGAUACGCACAAUGACGUCGAAAUGAAAAUGGAUAUUAUGUCGUAUAUCUUCUUUAACUUGAAAGCAAUCAUAGUAACUGAAAAGUGGGCUGUUUUCUUGAAAGAACAUCCAAAACUGGGAACAGAAGUUCAAUCUUUCAUUAUAAAUAAUUUAAUUUGA